AUGGAUCAGCGAUUAUGCGACCAGAAGCGCUCUAUCAUGCGUAGCAAACUGUUCCCUGACGUUCAGUUAGAAGAAAUUAAGCGCAAUGUAAAGGAUUCCGAAGCUAAAGAACAAAUUCGAGAAGCCAAGGAAAUGGACGAAACUUAUAUGUGUCUCAGGCGGUCGGUGGUGCUGAACGAAGCGAUCUGUCGGUUCGAAGUCGCGGCAAAGUCAGAAAGAAUCUCCUACUUGCUGUACACGGUCGAUUUGAAGCUGUAUGGAAAUCCGAAGAAGAAAUAG